ACCAUCGCACUUUGCAUCUCUGCUUUUUUCGCACAUCCGUCUGUUGAAAACGAGAGCGCGGUUGUGAAUUGUAGCUGCACCUGUCUGUCAUCCAACCUGAUGGACCAUCGCGGCUCGACUCAUCUACAACAAUGAGCUCUUCUCUUCUACCACCACCUACGUCCUUGCGGCAUCCAUUUGAUCGCCGCGUGGACGAGGUGAAACCAUCAAAAGCAGACUUGAACUUCCUCAUCAUGGAUUAUCUGAUCAAUGAAGGCUACCCUGACGCCGCGAAGAACUUUGCAAAAGAAGCUAGCAUCGUUCCUUCGGCCGAUGGUGAAGCGAUUCAAGAAAGAGUAGACAUUCGUAACGCCAUUCACAACGGUGACAUGCAGCUUGCCAUUGAGCGCAUCAAUGAACUCAACCCAAGGAUUCUUGACAAUGACCCAACACUGCACUUCCAAUUAUUGCGCCUGCAGCUGAUUGAACUCAUCCGUGAAAUUGUCAACGCCUCUGGGCCUCCAUCACCUGCUGCCUUUACACCUGCUCUUGAGUUUGCAACAUCGCAGCUUGCUCCACGGGCUCCAACUUCGCCUGCCUUCCUGCAAGAUCUUGAACGCACCAUGGCCCUGUUGAUCUUCCCGUCGGACAAGCUCACUCCUCAACUCAAACAACUUCUCGAUCUCAGCCUGAGACAGACAGUGGCCAGUCAAGUCAAUGAAGCCAUCCUGUCAUCUCAAAAUCAGAGACGUGAAGCGCGCAUUCGUAAUCUCGUUCGCUUGAGGGCUUGGGCUGAGCAAAGAGCACGCGAAACAAAGAGUCCUGAGUUGCCUGAGAAGAUCAGCUUGGGUCUGGGAUCCCAACUGGACGACUCUGCGGAUUCAGUUAUGAUUACGUGAAAACAUGAUGAACCUUGAGUUGCUCUUGACUUGCUUUAUUUUAGCGUUGGCGUUGGUCGGU